AUGAAAUUCGGUAUCCUCGCUCAGGCCUCUCUAGUAGGCUACGCAUUCAGCAGCGCGAUUCCUAAGCAAGCGGUUCCCCCACUCCAAGGCGGACUUCCAGAAGGCUAUGGCCACUUUGCAACGAUUAUAGACAAUGAGUCUGGCCUCACGGUUGAAGUGUUAGUACGAAGGAAUCAAGUCUGCGUGAGCUUGGCGGCAUGUGUUCGGCAGGCCGCUGAAUCAUCGAGGGCCGCGGCAGUAUAUAUUGCCGGCGCAACUCCAACUUUCUGCAACAAUGUCGCCACCGGCAUAUAUAUGUACUUCACUGACAAUAACUACGCCAACCUAAAUUCCAUCCUUCAGGGCUCCAUCAUCGGCAUCACAGUUAACAUGGUGUCUAGUGAGAUCGACGCCGUCCGCCAGAACUCAGCACACGGGAAAAGGCCGAACCCUGCGACAGACAGAUGCGGCAAUGACCAACGCGAGGUUUUGGCGAGCGACUAUGCCUCAGCUAUCUACCAGUUCUGUAUAUCGAUUAGGAAGCCCGGAAUGACUUUCAGGCAACACGGUUUUAUAACGGAGACUAUAACGAUCAGACUGGCCAGUUCACAGGAGAGCUAG